AUGGUCUUCAAGUUCCUCAAGGACUCGAAGAUGCCCCUCGUCAACAUCGGCGCCGAGGACAUCACGAAGGAGAACCACCGCAUCAUCCUCGCGCUCUUCUGGGCCUUCAUCCAGUUCUACUCCGUCAACUCGAUCACGCUCGACGGCGUGUCGGGCAAGGAGGGGCUGCUCCUCUGGUGCAAGCGCCAGUGCGCGCCCGACGGCGUCACGGUGGGCAACUUCCACCGGUCCUGGUUCGACGGCAAGGCCUUUUUGGCGCUGCUCCACAACAACGUGCCCCAGAUCAUCAACGUCGAGGACAUCGUCGACGCGCCCAACGGCAAGCCCGACGAGAAGAUCGUCAUGACCUACCUGUGCCUGCUCUACAUCGAGAUCAGCAAGCUCGCCGUGCAGCAAAAGGCCGUCAAGUCGAUCCUCCAGGCCGUGGAACUGACGAAGAAGCACAAGGAGCUCGCGGAGUCCUACGAGACGGGCGCCGAGGCGCUCUUAGAAUGGAUCGAGGCGACGAGGAGCACCUACGAGAACGUCGCCGAGGGCGCGUCGGGCCACGGCGACACGUCGGCCAAGAUCGGCGAGAACAUGGCGGCCUUCGUCGGCUACCGCCGCGCGACGAAGCCGCCGAAGAAGCAGGAGCUCGACGCUCUAGCGGGCAUCCUGGCGACCCUGAGCCAGUCCUGCGAGAACAACUUCCGCCCGAAGUACGCGCCGCCGGCCGAGCUCGCCCCGGAGCUCCUCGCGGGCGCCUGGAAGGCGCUCGAGGCGACGGAGGGCGCCUACGAGACGUCCAUCUCCGCGUCGUUCGCGCGCUUCGUCGGCCUCGAGGAGUUGUUGGGCAAGGUGAGGGUGAAGAUGGCCAAGACCGACGCCUUCCUCGACGAGGCGCCGCCGGCCGUCUUCGGCGCGACGGAAUACGGCGCGACGGCCGCGGAGGCCACGGGCCUCCUGGAGUCGUGCCGCCUCACGGCGUCGCAGCUCGACAUCGCCUCCGAGGUGCCCGCCCGGGUCGACGAGAGCCUCGCCGGGGCCGAAGGCGUCGAGCUCCACGCGUCCUACGGCGCCGUCGCCGCGGCGAGGGGCGCGCUCGCCGGCCGCUUCCCGUCGAUCGCGGACCUCGCGGCCGCGCGGGCGCGGAAAUUGGAGGUCGCCAUCGCCGAGUUCGAGAAGCGCCGGUCCUGCGACGACGUGCUCGCCUGGAUCGACGACCAGAUCCGCGUCUUCAAGCUCAAGGACGAGUCCGUGCCGAGGAACACGAUGAUCGAGGUCACGCGGCUCGAGCUCCACCUGGACCGCGAGUUCAAGGAGGGCUGCGAGCUCUACCGGGAGAAGUGGGCGGCCAUCGUGCCCUACGAGGGCGCGGACGCGUCGGCGGCGGCCGUCGCGGGCCUCGAGGCGCGCCUCGCCGAGGUCGCGGCCCACUGGUCCGACAUGGAGGGCCGCGCGGCGGCGCACCGCGCGUUACUCAAGGAGCGCCACGACUGGCUCCAGGAUCUGCUGGACACGAAGGAGCGCUACUCCGUCGUCGCCGGCGACCUCGCGGCCAAGGGCCGGGACCUCGAGCUCUUCCUGCGCACGCCCAUUUUUGUCGACUCCGAGGCCGACGUCGUCGCGGCGACGGCGACGUACGACGCGCGCGUCGACGAUGCUCAGACGGAAGGCACGCUCACGUCGCUCCAGCUCGUCUUCAACUCGGAGGCCUCGGUCCUGGGCGCGAAGCUCCAGGCGGCCAUCGACGCCGGCGAGGAGGACGCGGCCGGGUCCUUCGAGCGCUACGACGUGCCCGACCUCUCGAAGCUUUUGACGGAGCUCGACGCGCUCGCGAUCGCGUACCGGGACUACCUCGAGGAGCUCCUCGCGCUCGAGCGGGAGAAGGAGCGCCUGCGCGUCCUGUUCGCGGGCAUGUGCGACGCGGAGAAGGACAAGAUCGCCGCGGAGGCCAAGGACCCGUUCGUCUUCGAGGCCUGGGUCUACAAGGAGUCGGAGCUCUUGGCCGCGCUCCGCGCGAAGCGCGAGACGUGGACGGCCAUGAAGGACGCGGCCGUGCUGGCGCUGUCGCCCGUCGCCGAGGAGCUCGCGGCCCGCGGUGUCAUGGCCAACCCGCACACGUCCGAGUCCGUGACGACGAUUCGCUUGACGUACGAGCUCCAGGAGCGCGACACCGACGAGCUCGUAGAGAGGGCGGAAGCCUUGGUCGCCGACGUCGCCAAGCUGGAAGAACGAAAGGCCGAGUACGUCGAGUCCGCGGGCAUGUUCCGCGACUGGAUCGACGGCGUCGCGGACCGCUACCGCAACGUCGCGGAAGGCGCGGCGGGCUUCGGCGCGUCGUCCGCCGCCGUCAAGGCGAGCCUCGAGAAGUUCUACGAAUACAAGACCAACGAGAAGGUCGACCUCCAGUCGACGGUGGGCGCCCUGACGAAGUCGCUCGCGGAGCUCCACGCGGACCAGGCGAGGAUCUUCCACGACGCGUUCUCGCCGCCGACCGGCCUGUCGGCGAAGCUCACGCAGAUGGGCCUCGUCGGGUCCAUGACGGCGCUGGAGACCGUGGACAAGCCCUACGAGGCGGCGCUGCGCAACGCGCACCUGCGCAUCUGCCAGAUCGAGGCGGACCUGCAGACCAUGGACGCGCGCCUCGACACCUGCAACGACUUCAUCGCGGAGCAGAAGGCGCUCUUCGACUCCCACAACUACGGCGACAACCUGGCCACGGUCAACGCCCUCCUGGAGAACGUGCACCUCGACAAGAAGCUCGGCGGCGUCUGGGACGAGACGCUGUCCACGCUGAAGGCGACUUUGGACUCCGGUUCGAUGGACGCGCACGAGAACCGGCCGGUCUUGUUGGAAAAGCACUACGCGGUGCGCACGAACUUCGACGGCGUCAUGGCCCAGGCGCCCGAGUACUACCACAGUUUAGGCCAGUCGAAGAUGGAGUUCGAGAAGCUCGCGACGCUUCUGGAGCCCGCGACGUGGAUCGAGGCGACGGCCCGUCUCUUCGACGAGGAGCCGUGGCCGCGGCCGCCGGGGGCGCCGAAGCCCAGCGCGUCCGAGGUCCAGCAGGCGCUGCACGUCUUCGACCUCAACUUCACGUCGCGCGUGCCCACCGUGCGCAAGGCCGUCCAGGACGUGUCCGACGCGUCGACGAUGUCGCGCGCGUCGAAGCGCCAGUCCAUCAAGUCCUGCAUGGACGAGGUCGGCCGGUUGGAGAUGGCGUUGGGGGCGUUGGAGAACGACGCCGACGUGCGCUACGAGGCGCUGCAGAAGGAGGUCGAGGCGCUCGCGGACGUCGCGGACAAGAGCCGGGAAUACGCGACGGCGGCCGUCGAGCUCGACGUUCUGUACUCGACGCUCGAGGAGGAGCUCGCCGCGGAGCCGAGCGGGUCGCUGGGGCUGGCGAACGUCGAGGCGCAGAUCGCCGCGUUUGAUGAAUCGACGACGGCGCUCGCCGCGAGCAUCGACGAGAAGUUCGGCGAAAUGGCCGCGCUCGCGGAGUUUUUGAACAACUGCGGCUACGCGGAGGCGCGCGCGGCCUUCGGCCGCUUCACGGUCCGGUCGUUGAGCGACCGCAAGGACGCCUGCCUGAAGGCCGUCGUCGACCGCGGCGAGCUCUUCCGGGGCCCCGGCGGCAUUUUGGAAAUCGAAACGGCCAAGGAGAAGCUCCGCGUCGACUUCGCCGCCGCCGCCCGGGAGUUCCGCGACGACACGGCGUCCAAGGCCGCGAAGAUCGAGGGCAAGGCGCAGACGCCCCGCGGGUCCGUCGUGUCGCCCCUGCGGCGCAUGUCGAAGAUGUUCAACGCGGGGCCCAAGGUCGACCUCGACGUGCAGCUCGCGGGCAUCCGCCAGGUGAAGAAGGACUACGACGAGGGCGGCCUGCUGGCGCCCUGCGAGGCGCUGGCGACGCAGCUCGAGGCCCAGCAAAUCCGCGUGAACCCGCACACGCGCGACAACAUCUUCACGCUGCGCGCGGCCGGCGGCGCGUUCGCGGACAACUACAAGCGGUUGGAGGCGUCGCUCCUCGCGCAGAAGGCCGUCGAGGAGGGCCGCAAGAUCUCGCCGGAGAAGCUCGCGGAGAUCCGCGAGAACUUCGACGAGUUCGACUCGACGGGCGACGGCGAGCUCACGGAGUCGGAGUUCCACAGCGGGCUGACGUCCGUGGGCAUCGCGAUGUCCAAGGAGAAGGUCCAGGAGAACUUCGAGAAGCUCAAGGAUCCCGACACGGGCCGCAUCGUCUUCGAGACGUUCCUGCCCUUCAUGGAGGCCCACCUCACCGUGCGCGGCGCGAGCCAGAGCGACGUCCUCACGGCCUUCUCGGACCUGCUCCCCAAGGCCGACGGCGACGCGCCCGCGGCGCCCGUCAUCUCCAUGGGCAUGCUCGCGCGCUCCGUCCACGACCACGACCUCCUCGAGUACCUCACGGCGAACAUGCCCAAGGCCGAGCCGCCGAAGAACGGCGAGGGCCUCUACUACGACUGCACGGCCUUCGUCGCCGACCUCUUCAAGCAGUGA